AUCAUUUUGCAAAAUCCGGAAAACAAGCGAGCGCCUGCACACAUUUUGCGUCUCAUCGUCGGUCCUUGUUUCUGAAUCAGUGAAACCGUUGUUGUCUGCGUAAUAUUUCUAAUGUCUUAGUCAGCAAAACAGCUGUUUGUGUGAAAGUUACGUCCCAGAAUCAUCUUGUGUGUCUGUUUUCAUAUCUUGUGGUCAGAUCUAGAAGUAGCCAUGAAUUCGCCUAAGCCAGAUUCGCCCGACCCAGACUCCAUCAAGAUGUUUGUCGGUCAGAUUCCUCGCACAAUGGACGAGAAGGACCUUAAGCAACUGUUCGAAGAGUACGGACCUGUGUUUCAGCUCAACGUGCUUCGCGAUAAGACGACCAAUCAGAGCAAAGGUUGCUGUUUUGUCACAUUUUACACACGAAAGGCCGCACUGGAUGCACAGAAUGCCUUACACAACAUAAAAACAAUGGCAGGGAUGCACCACCCUAUACAGAUGAAGCCAGCAGACCACAACGAAAGCAAGACCGGUAUCGAGUACCGAAAGUUGUUCGUCGGCAUGGUCUCGAAGAAACUGACGGAGAACGACGUGCGACUGAUGUUUGCCCCCUACGGCACGAUAGAAGAGUGCACGGUGCUGCGAGGUCCCGAUGGCAUCAGCAAAGGUUGCGCUUUUGUAACGUAUGCCACCAGGCAGAUGGCUCUGAACUGUAUCAAAUCAAUGCAUCAUUCCCAAACAAUGGAGGGCUGCUCGUCGCCGAUUGUCGUCAAAUUUGCGGACACUUUGAAAGAGAAGGAGCAGAAGAAGCUGCAGCAGCAGAUGCAGAGUUCCGGGAUGUGGGGCAUUCAAAACCUGGCUGGGGUUGGAGCGAUGACUCCCCAACAGUACAUCGCUUUGUUGCAGCAAGCCUCUGCAGUCAGCAAUCUUGGUAACACGAUGAGUUCGCAGGGUCUAUCAGGCGGUGGCGCCAGCGGUGGGCUCAACGUUGGCAACCUGGGUAUGCAGCAGCUGGCAGUCCAGCUGGCAGCGCUCACUGGGGGAAGCAACACGGCAGGAUUCCAGGGUCUAGCUGGUUUGUCUCAACAGCAGCAGUCUUCAUCAGGAAACCAGCAGGACCUAGGCAAUCUCUCUAGCCUACAGAGCCUUGCAGCACUGAUGGCUGCUAGCAAUCAAGGUGUUAGUUCACUGAAUGUGCAACAGCUGGCAGCCCUUGCCGCCAUGACGCAGGGCCAGUCAAGCGGUGGCGCCACGGGUGGCGGUAGUAACACUAACCUUGGUCUGUCGAGUGGCAUGAAUCAGCAGAGCAUGUGGCAGGGAGGCCAGGAAGCAGGUGUUGCGACAAGUGGAUCUAGCUCGCAGCAAGAUCAGUGGCGGGAUGGCAUGCAAGGCAGCAUGUCAAGCUCAACAGCACAAUCUGGAGCUGGUGGUGGAGGCAUGGGCUACACAGGCAGCCAGCUUGCCAACCUGGCAAGCCUCGCAAAUCUAGGACAGACCUCUAGCAACCAGAGUCACUUGGGGACUUCGAAUGGGUCUGGGUCAGACACACUAACACAGGCUUACUCUGGGAUGCAGCAGUAUACAGCAGGGUUCCCGAACUUCACACAGCCGGGGGUGCAGCAGCAGAUCAUAACAGCGGCGGGAAAGCAGACGGAAGGUGAGACAAAGUCAUACUUGUCCUCCGUGUACUCCGCCACACCUGCCCCCGGCGCUGUUGCCUCUCGCCUACGUCCCGAGGGGGCGAACCUCUUCAUCUAUCAUCUUCCACAGGAAUUCAGUGAUCAAGAUCUCUGUCAGACCUUCCUUCCAUUUGGCAACGUUGUGUCCGCUAAGGUGUUCAUUGACAAGCAGACCAACCUAAGCAAGUGUUUUGGGUUCGUGAGUUAUGACAACGCAAUAUCGGCUACAGCCGCCAUUCAGGCGAUGAACGGAUUCCAGAUAGGAAUGAAGCGACUAAAAGUCCAGUUGAAACGGUCAAAGGAGACUGGCAAACCAUACUAAUGGUCACUGUGAGUUGUUGAAACCCCGUAGCGUCAGUUCUGAUUGGUUCGUUGGCGUCUGUCCGUCGUGUCUUCUACCUGCCGUCGUCUGUACGUAUGUAAGUGGCGUGUCAUUUUCGUCUUGGCUCCACUGCUCCGUCCACUCGAACGAGUGGUGGAAGUGGAUGUGUGGAUCGGCCAUUACAAUAUUAAGUCUGUGUGCAAGGUUAUCAUAAGUGUUUGAUGAUUUUCUUUAUUUCGAGGGUUGUUACCUCACCUUUCCAACUUCUGUGUCCUAUUUCUUCAAAUGGUACGAUUCCGCCAUUUGUUUUAUAGAUGAUGUUGAAUUAGUCCAGUGUUUGCAAGUAGAGUACCUUGUGUACAGGAAAAGGCGUAUUAAGACUUGUUUGAUGUUUGGUAGCUUUUUAUGAAAGCCUGUGGCAGAGCAUGUUCUAAUGAAUUUCUGGAGAUUUUAGUCAGGCCUGUGGCAGACGUCAGUGGAAUUGAGUCAAUGGAACGAGUUUGUUUUGUCCUGGGUGAGAACCAAGUUUUUUGUCUGCUGAUACUGCUGGACCCAACCUGUCUUGAAGUGCAAGUUUAUCGAUUUCAAGUUUGAAGUUGUAAUUUUAUUGUGUUCCUUAGUGGCAAUUUAAUGGCAUUUCAUACCUCAAGGUGUUCUACAGUGGAUUUUUAUUUUGUCUUGUAUGUCUGUUUUACACAAUAUUUUUAAUUAACUUGCUUGUAAGUUUAUUAAGUCCAAGUCUUAGUAAAACUUUGCGUAAAUGGAGGGUUCAGUUGUAUGUUGCUUAGCAUAGAUUUGUAAAAAAAAAAAUCGAUGGUUCCACCCAGGAUGGACAAAUUUGGGAAAAAUCUAUUAGUUUUUGCUUUAGCUAGCUAACCCCAAUGUAUAACUCGGGAGUGUUGAAUGUUUGGUUCUGCGUUCGUAUAUGUAUAUGUACUAAGGGCUUUUACACGCGUCUAGGCGAAAACGUGCGUGUUCGUGCGUGAAUAUGUAUAAUGUAUAACUCAAACUGGCAGUGCGUGUGUGUGAGUAUGUUUCUCUGUGUAGACCAGGAAUUAGUAUGUUUUACGUGGACGUUUACCACGGUUUAAGUUGCAUGCCUGGCCAAAUUGUUUCGUGGAGUUGUGUACUAGUGCACCAAGUGUUUGUAAUUAACUUAUUGAUUACGAUAGAUUUUUUCACGUGCCACAUAACUUGAUAAAGGCGUGAGAAGCAUGCCAUGGUGUGUGCGUCCUGACUUGAACUGCCGAGCAGUGUGUGUUAAGAAAAUUGUCUAAUCACAAUAGCUGCCAGUUUGAGUUUUGCAUAGCCCGAACAACCAACCAAUACUACUUGUCAUGAUGUCUUAGAAUUUCCAUUUGUAAAAGAAAUAAGAAUUUUGUAGGAGCCGCUCAUUACUGUGUUCUUCCACAGCCAGUUUAUCGCAUGCACGUGAUAUAUGGAUAUAUUUACCUGAGGAUAUUGCACUAUUCAACGUGUUCUAUAUCCAUUGUAUCAUUUAAGUUGUGUGACCUUUCGUAAGUUGUGUAUCUUUGCAUGCUACUAUAAAUUGAGACAAUAUGAGGUAAGAGCUAUCUACUGUUUACACUGGAAAUGUUCAGACAAUAAUAUGGUCAGUGGGUUGGCGAGAAGUAGUAGACUGAUAUUUGGUGUAGUCUUCGUUGCUUACUGUUUGUGGUGGAUUGUAAUGUAUGGUGUUGCAUGGCACUCAAUGCGGGGUUAAUCGAAAGAGCAGCUCCAGACAUAGUUAGUCGAUAACUGGUGUCCUCUAUGUUGGUGCAGUGUACUUGUGGCAGUUCUGUGAGUAGCCGUGUUUCCUCUUUAUGUAUCACGGGGUGAAGCGAAUGUGCCAAACACUGUAACGUGUUUUCCGAUAUUUGUAAACCACAGCUAUGCUGUGUUACAUCGACAUAGGCCGUUGGUUUACCCUGUCCAUGGGCGCAAUGCCUCAAAUGCUACCUUAUGUAGAAGUUCCAACACUGACAACUUCAAGUGUUUGACGUACACGACUGGCUAUAGAUAAAUAGUUGCAGAUAGUCUUCACUUUGACAAUUAUUAUCUAUAAGAGGCAUUAUUGUAUUUGCGAUUUUACAUAAUUGAAACAAUAUCUACAUCACCAGCAGUGUAGCAGGUAACGGUGUGUGUUGACCUUGAAGUGGAAGGAUAUGUGUGUGUGUGUGUGUGUGUGUGUGUGUGUGUUUUGAUGGCCUUCUUGUCAAGGGCCUGUGUUGUUUGUAAUGAUGUGCUAUAAUGAACUGCUGUAUAUUUAGAGAUAUUGUUACCUCCGAUGAUGGUUUGGCUGCUGGGGCUACAAUUUCCGUAUAUUCAGAUAUGUUUAAAGUAGAGUGUUUUCUGUCAGUUAAAGUUACGGUGUUGUUGAAAAUCUAGGUGUUGUUACGGUUCGCGUUCUUGAACAUUUAGCUACAACAGUAGCCACCAGAGCCAAAAAUUUCAGACAUUGUGAUCUUUCCAUGUUCAAAUUUGUAGCCAGAUUAUUUUUGGAAUGUUGUGUCAGUGUAGACGGCAGCCGACUAAGUCGUGUCUAGGGCAGUCUUUGCUGAACGAUUGGUGGCAAAAUACUGGUCGGUAGUCGUCUAUAGUCCAGCGAAGUUUUGAACAGGGUUGGUCGUUUAGUUUGUUUCUACAAGGCAUGGAUUUUUUUGUUGUUUGUCAAAUGAUCUGUACUUCAACAUAUCAUCAGUCAAAAAAAUUCCUGUAAUUUGCCGUUUAAGUGAUUGGGUGUUUUGUGUCUCUUCACAGUGAAUAAGUAAUGGCUAGCCGAACUUAGUUGUAGUAUCACGGCGCUGUUAGUAAAUAAUAUUUCCACCUUUAAAUAUAUGCUGUAGAUUUUAGUAACUGUUAGAGAAUUCCAUGUAGUGUACGCACUUACAGCUGUACAGUAUUGAGGUAUGGAACUGGGGCGUUUUACUCUGAAGAGACACGAUUCACCGUACCACAGGUAAAAAGUGAUAUUUCUGUAUUGAUUCGCAACUGUUUUAGGUCCGAUCCAGUGCCUUGUAGCAUGUGUGUCACGUGGAACUGUUCCAAAUUUGAUAGGCAGUUUGGGCCUUGCACAGAUAGCAUGCUGUCAUUACGUUGAGGUGAACAUGAUAACCACUAGAAUUAAUAAUCUUGACACAUUUGUUGUAAAUACAGUCAAGUGCAUAGCCACUAACAGUUCUGUAUUGCUUGUAAGUGUCAAGUAGAUAAGCAGUUCAUCACUGUUUGCUUCCCUCUGCUCUGUACCUGCGUUCACUCCAGGUAACUUCCUAUCUACCUUCUCUCUCCCGCACACUUCUCACCAUCUCUGCGGUUCAUACGCUCUUUCUCUCUUGCUGUGUGUGUGCAGACGGCCCAAACUUGCUAGGACAACUCAGGAAUUCAUGUUCGUGCUCUGUGGAGUGUUGAUAGUUUUGGCUUGAGCUGUUUUGGGUGACAUGUCGAUAAAACCAAUCUGAAGAGGUGUACCACACGGAUACGUUGAUGGUCCGAGUGGAGCUAACGGCUUAUUCACCAAUGCUGACAAACUAGCUGGUAGGCAGGCAGUUAUCGUCAGAUGAUGACAGUAACGUGCGACUGCAGUUUUGAUCUGUUAUCGAAAUUGCAGUUUCGGUAUUUAUGAGUGGCUUCAUGUUCUCAGAUCAGCGAUGUUGUGAUUGCUGCGAGCCAGCGGAAUUUUUUGAUUGGUUUGUUGAUAUUUUGGCGAUAGUUGAACGGGUCCUGGUUAGCCAGCUUUAUUGCAAGCUGCCUGGCUGCUGUCAGCAUUGAUGAGUAUCAUUGAGAUGCACUGUGAACAAAAUUAAUUGCAAAAGAUUAUAGUAAUUCUAUUUCACGGCACCUACGACAACACCUUAUAAGAUUGCUGGAUUUAAUGAGUACGGGCACAAAACACCACCUAGUGUGUCACCUGGCAGAAUGCUAACAAGCCAUAUUGUAUAGGGGCUACAGUAAAGUUCAGUUUUCGGUUUGUUGUUCAGUCUUGUUUGAAACCCAGUGUUACGGUGUUAAAUAAAAUUAAUUCUAUUCGCUGCUGCGUUCUGAACAUUUGUCAGUGGAAUGAAAUAGAACUAAGUGUGUGAUGUCGUCAGGCGUUACUUCAGCGAUCGCUGCCAGAGAUUGUGUAUGAGUGUGUGUGUGUGUGUGUGUGAGUGUGUGUGCGCGCACGCGUGUGCGUGUGCGUGUGUGUCGAUGUCCAUUUAGAUUCUCCACAAAUGGUUAGAAAACAGCAGCGAUUGAAAUAAUUAUUAUAAAGAAAUCAACUAUCAAUUUUGAUUGCUAAGAUACAAAUAUGUAUCACAUGGAUAAAUAAAAAGUACACUUAAAAAUUAA